AUGGCCCCCAUUACAGUAGGCGAUGUCCGUAUCACAGGUCCAGCCCUCGCAGCCUGCCUCUACUUUCCUAAGCAGUUAGAACAUCUCUUAUCUCCACGAUCAAAGGCAUGGAUAACCUCACCUCUUGUCGUAAGGACUCUCGCUGCACUUAUCGGACUCGAUUUACUACGGAAGACGAGCAACAUGCUUUCACAGCGUGUGUCUAAUAACGGCAAAUGCGUCAAGUUCGUACCCAGCAAAGAGCUGGUGUUAAUAACGGGUGGCUGUAGUGGAAUAGGUCUAUUGAUGGCCAAGGAAUUCGCAAAACGCGGAGCAAAAGUUGUGAUUGUGGAUCUAAACCCCCCACAGGAGACCCUUCCGGAAAAUAUACACUUCUAUCAGUCCGAUGUAACCUCUGUAAGCGCAGUUGGGGCGACAGCUUCGCUGAUUCGGAAGGAGCAUGGCGACCCAACAGUUCUUGUUAAUAAUGCAGGAGUUGGAACUUUACAAUCCAUCCUGGACGGCGAUGAGAAGUCUGUUCGUAACACAUUUGAUGUCAACACAAUAUCUCAUUUUUGGACAACUCGGGAGUUUGUUCCAGCCAUGGUCAAGAAAAACCACGGGCACAUUGUCACAAUUGCUAGCAUGGCAAGCUAUGUCGUCCAUGCACUCAACGUAGAUUAUUGCUGCAGUAAAGCAUCUGCCCUUUCUUUUCACGAAGGGCUAUCAAGUGAAUUGCGAAACAUAUAUAAUGCACCAAAUGUUCGAACAACUGUGGUCAACCCCUCUUGGAUCCGUACACCUCUAAUUGAAAGACUCAUUAACAGCAAGCAAUGGCGUACACCAGUUAUGGAGCCAGACUACGUCGUAAAUAUUAUCGUUGAUCAAGUCAUGGCCGGAAAAGGUGGCCAAAUUGUGUUACCACCAAAGCUUAAUUACGGAACGACAAUUCGAGGAUGGCCUUUGUGGAUGCAGACUGGGCUACGUAACUUGAUCGGCACGGAGUUGAAAAAAGUUAGGGAUUCCCUCGAAGUAAUCUCGAAUAGUUGA